AUUAAGCAUGGAGGGGUUCUACACUGCCGAGACGUUGUUUCAGUUCGAUGACCUGGACUUCAAUGCCUCCAAUACUAUGGACAACCGUAAGAUUGUGGCAGGAGCAGACACUGAAGAGGGACCGGACAAGUCCACAGUAGGUGAUCUCAUGAUCAAGGAACCGGACCUCUUGACCCCUCCAACUACCACCAACAUUGCUCUAGAUAACAACAAGCACAGCGUCAUCAACAACAACAACAACAGCAAUAACAACAGCAUUAGUAACACCCCUAACACACCAAGUGGCACGCCUAUCACGGAACUGGAUCACGUCACUAAGGCGAAGAUCUUGGAACAGGUCGAAUUUUACUUCAGCGACGCCAACGUCACCAAGGAUAAGGAGCUCGCGAAGCAGAUUCGUCGAAAUGAAAUGGGUUACGUAUCAAUAAAGUGGAUCACGUCAUUUCGCAAGAUACAAGCUUUGACUCAAGAUUGGAAAGCUGUUUCCAAGGUCCUGCAGGAGUCCACUCAGCUGAAAGUUUCGACGGAUAAAAAGAUGGUGCGUCGGAAGCACCCGAUACCCAAGAAAAGUGACCAGUUUGCAGAUAAAACAGUGAUGGCCAGCAACUUGCCGCUCUCUGAACGUAGUGUUGAUUGUGUGAAGGACUAUUUUAAAGGAUUUGGUCGGGUGACUCUGGUUAGGUUUUUGUCGCCAGGUAAACCGUACCCUGACGACAUCACCAGUUUGCACUUACCAGGGUGGCGAGGCAGCCCCACCGCUGACAUGGUUGCUGUGGAGUUUGAGACAGUGGAGGCGGCAGAGCUGGCUGUUCUGAAGCUGUCUGACAGUAACAACUGGAGGAGCUCCUCUCAAGUGCAGCUGUUGAGGACAAGACAGCAGAAACAGUUGGGUGCCGACAAGAUAAUGCAUGGUCCCAAAGUAAGGAAGUCUUCAGAGCACUGUGCUAUGGCGUACUCUCUGAACCACAGCACGGGCGUGCCACGUGACAGCAACGGGUAUGGUAUGGCAAAGAGUCUUCCAAAGCAAAUGUUUGGAAUGUCAAUAAGUGGCACGUCACCCACUGCUGGCUCCUCGCCACAAAGUCACAUCGUGAAACGCCCCGAGAAGUCUCCUCAUUCCUACUCAAGCCGGUCCUCAGUCACGCGGUCUGGAACCGCAGGAUCGUACAGCGACAGUUUCAGCUGCAGCCCCUCUGCUAAUUCGUAUCUGGGUCAGCGCCUUGCCCACGAGAAGAGUCACGCAAACGGCCCCGCCUUGAUCGCAAUGGUUUUGACUCGAGAACCUAGGGGUCCUGACGGGUCCAGGGGAUUCGGACACCGUAAUAACUGAUAACGACAAAUUCUUUUGUAGUUUAGGAGAAAACGCAUGUUUUUAUACGAUUAAGAAUUUGUAGGGCAUUUUCGAUUAAAAAUGACGAUUUAUAUGAACAUAUCCAUCAUGAACCAUGUUAUCAAAUUGUUUGCAAGAUUAUUUGAUUAUGUUUCUGCCGCAUUUUUACCAACAAAAAAACAGAAGACUGACUAAUUGUCAAAAAAUAUGAAAAAGUAAGUAUUUUCAUUUCAAAUCGUUCGAAUAAACGCCAAAAUUAUUGUCACAAUGUCGUACUUACACUGCGAGAAAAAGCAGAUUGAUUGUUUCAAUUUUCAAAAUGCUUAGAGUUUAUUAAAUUAUUGCAGGCUUUUCAGAUGUAUCCCAAUCUACUGUAGGUAAUUUAUUUAGAAUUGUGAUAGCAAUUACCUUUUUGCAAUGUUGAAUAUUUAAGAACAAAUGCCAUCAUAAUUAUUCGAAUUCGUGGAUCAGUAAAACAUUUGUGGCUAAUUUUAAUGCAUUUUGUUACGAAAGGAUCUUGACGUAAGGAUUAACUGCUUCAAACGCAGAGUGCUUUUGAAAAUAUGUAAUUUCGCGAUCUUAAGAUAAUUUUCAAGAAGGACAGUGUACUAUGUUGCCUGUAAAUAUGUGUUUUGAAAAUAAUUUCGUUUCAUUUUACAUAAA